GGCCUUGCUAUAGAAGGUGAUACAGUACCUGAAAUGGGCCAUGCUAUAGAAUUCAGUAUAGUACCUGAAAUGGGCCAUGCUAUAGAAGGUGGUAAAGUACCUGAAAUGGGCCUUGCUAUAGAAGGUGGUACAGUACCUGAAAUGGGCCAUGCUAUAGAAGGUGGUAAAGUACCUGAAACGGGCCAUGCUAUAGAAGGUGGUACAGUACCUGAAGUGGGCCAUGCUAUGGAAGGUGGUACAUGACCUGAAAUGGGCCAUGCUAUAGAAGGUGGUACAUGACCUGAAAUGGGCCAUGCUAUAGAAGGUGGUACAUGACCUGAAAUGGGCCAUGCUAUAGAAGGUGGUACAUUACCUGAAAUGGGCCUUGCAAUAGAAGGUGGUACAGUACCUGAAGUGGGCCAUGCUAUAGAAGGUGGUACAGUACCUGAAAUGGGCCAUGCUAUAGAAGGUGGUACAGUACCUGAAGUGGGCCAUGCUCAGGAAGGUGGUACAUUACCUGAAAUGGGCCUUGCAAUAGAAGGUGGUACAGUACCUGAAGUGGGCCAUGCUAUAGAAGGUGGUACAGUACCUGAAAUGGGUCAUGCUCAGGAAGGUGGUACAGUACCUGAAGUGGGCCAUGCUAUAGAAUGUGGGACAGUAUCUGAAGUGGGCCAUGCUAUAGAAGGUGGUACAGGACCUGGAAUGGGCCAUGCUAUAGAAGGUGGUACAGUACCUGAAAUGGGCCUUGCUAUAGAAGGUGGUACAGUACCUGAAAUGGGCCAUGCUAUAGAAGGUGGUACAGUACCUGAAAUGGGCCUUGCUAUAGAUGGUGGUACAGUACCUGAAAUGGGCCAUGCUAUAGAAGGUGGUACAGUACCUGAAGUGGGCCAUACUAUAGAAGGUGGGACAGUACCUGAAGUGGGCCAUGCUAUAGAAGGUGGUACAUUACCUGAAGUGGGCCAUACUAUAGAAGGUGGUACAGUACUUGAAGUGGGCCAUGCUAUAGAAGGUGGUACAUUACCUGAAGUGGGCCAUACUAUAGAAGGUGGUACAGUACUUGAAGUGGGCCAUGCUAUAGAAGGUGGGACAGUACCUGAAGUGGACCAUGCUAUAGAAGGUGGUACAGUACCUGAAGUGGGCCAUACUAUAGAAGGUGGGACAGUACCUGAAGUGGGCCAUACUAUAGAAGGUGGGACAGUACCUGAAGUGGGCCAUUCUAUAGAAGGUGGUACAGUACUUGAAGUGGGCCAUGCUAUAGAAGGUGAAGGUGGGACGGUGACAGUACCUGAAGUGGGCCAGGUUCUGUAG